CUUUCUGUCGUUAAUUUGUUGAACCCCUUCUGCUCAAUAUGUGAUGCUCCAGUCACCUUUGAACUCUAAACAACGUUUUGUUCGCGUUUUCCUGGUUUUCUCACCGGUGUCGACUGCUGCAUUCCGUUUUCAGGAGAUUUUCAGUGUUUUCAUAAGGUCUAUUGGUAUCUUUUCAAUUCUUCCCUUCUCAAAGCUCAGUCUACAAGACAGAAACGGCUUCCAGUAUGAAGAUUUGUUGCGUAACGGUGGCUUUUUGUUGACAUCUGUUGACGUAAUUAACUAGAUUUGCUGAGGCCACAGUUGACGUUUAACAAGGUUACCAAAACAGCAGUUUUAGUUACCACUGAGAAUCCAGGUUGUCUUGCAGGCGUUCCAACUUUAAAGUGCAAAAUGGCCUUCGCUGCUCCCAUUUUCAACGUGUCAUUUGGUGUGAAUCAGACAUUCCUGACUAAGGCCCUAGAGGAGGGUCAGUAUGAACAUGCCAAGAAACUUAUCAUUGAGAACCAGACUGCCUCAUAUCUGGACGAGGGGUUCUACCAGAGAACACCCCUCUUCAUCGUGCUGAGUGGUUUCAACCAGUUCAACGGCAGGGCCAUUCCCAGGAACUUGGAGUUGGCUCGACUGCUCAUAGUUCAAGGUGCCAACCCAUCACACCGGGUGCCAAAUACCUUAGGUUCAGAGUUCCUGGGUCCUGGGGAAGCGCCGUUACAGCUGGCGGUCGACUACUUCAACGAACUGUCGGAGGUUCCGUACCCCCGCGCGAAGGUUCUCUCAGCGACGGACGUGAUUGGUCUAAACGGGGAGGUUGGCAUGACAACGGAGGAGUGUUUGGAACAGCUGGUGACGCUAACCUGGCUGCUGCUAGGCCGAGGUGCGGACCCGAAUGUCAGAGACAGCCAAAACAAGACUCCCCUCCACAAGACCAUGGUGUCCUCAGUCGACCUCCGUAUGGCCCAGUGUCUCCUUGACAACGGAGCCGACGUCAACGCUGUGGACGGCUUUGGAGACACGGCGCUGAUCUCGGCGUGCACCGCCUUCCCGUUCGGAUUGGACGACGACAUGUGUGACGACAACCCGUUGGCGGGCGUCGCCUGGAUGCAGCAGGGUGUAACCAGGAAGAGUCACAUGACCUUUCUUCUCGACCAACCAGGGUUGCAGGUGGACAUCCAGAACCGGCAGGACCACACGGCGCUGUUUGAGUGCAUGGCGCAGGGCGACACCACGACUGCCCAGCAACUGUUAGAGCACGGCGCCUCUCCCAGCCUGGAGGGCAGGGUCAACGACCCCAGCACAGGGAUGCCUGUCUACGUGACGCCUCUCCUGGCCAGCCUGAUGUCCCCCCGUCUGGUGAACUGUGACCGGCGGGACAGAAGUUACCAGUUCCUGGCACAUCUCGUGGACAAGGGCUACUUCAGCACCCCGGAGAUCACCAAUGAGCUGAUCCAGUGGCUUGGUGAGGAGUCCAUGCCCUCAUCCGACCUGACUCGCCUUCAGAGCCUGGGUUCUAGGCUAGUGCACGCCAUAUUCGGCAGCACCACCAACAAACUCUCCCAGCUGUGCGCGCGGCAGAUCUUCCAAGCUGCCUUCCUCAGGCAAUUAUCCUCGGAUGCUCCUCAAGACGAUUACCAAGGAACCUUUUUCUCAGACGACAAGACCUCUCAGGACUUCUGCGCGUGCUUGAUGAUGAUUUCCACGGACCAGCUCCUCCGGUUGAUCAGUGACUCGCACCUUCCGCGAGACUCGCUGCAGUGUUUUGAGGUGGAGCUGUUUAAGCACAGGUUGUGUGCCAGGUUCCUGAUGUACGAGUGGUGGGAGGGACGGAGGUGUGUCUCCGAUGAUGAAGACGAAGGAGACUCUGAUCUCGAAUACUGGUGACGUUGGGCAGAAUUUCCAGAAGGGUUUUUAGACUUUUAAUAACAAUGGUAUUUUCAGAAAAAGAUUACGUGGCAUCGUGGGGUAUAAUGGUUAGAGACUCUGGGCAUCAGAAACAUCGGGCAGAAUUUCCAAAGGAAUUUUAAUGCUGGUUGUCCCAUAGCCUUUCCCAGGAUUCAAACCCAGGACCUCUGGGCCAAAUGCCCUGCAGUCACCCCACAAUAAUGUUGAGGGGCAGUAUUUCCAUUGAAAAUUUUAAUGUUUAGUAUUUUCAUAAACAUGUGGCAUCAUGUGGCAUAAUGGUUAAAGUGUUUGGCCCAGAAUGAAUGCGAAGAGGUUCUGGGUUAGAACCAUUGACAUGCCCUGAUGCUGUGCCCUUGGGAAAGGUGCUUUACACAAAAAUUCCCUCAUUCUAUCAGGUGAAAUUGAGCAUGUAGGAAUGUCAGACAGGAUGAUAAAUGGGGGGUAGAAAACUAGCAUUUUUAAAAUUAAUUUUACUACAUGUAUGUUAUCUAAUAAAUUACAGAAACCAGAAAAACAGAAAAGAGACAAGAACAUGUAUUUUGACAUAUAUUUUACCCCCGAAGAUAAUAUUACUCUUUUCUGUAUUUUGUUGUGAAAGUUGUCAAUCCAAGUAAGGUACAUACUAUUGGUUACCGAUAUGUAAGUAGUUUGCAGUAAUGUGCAAAUUAGAGCGUAAUUGUAUCCAAUGGAACUUAUUAAAGACAUACAUGUCAUAGCUACAUAUGUAAUGGCAUACAUGUACAUCUGAAAAUACUAAAUCAAAAGAGUUGUAAUUUUUUUGGUAUUAAAGGAAUUCACAAUGAAAACUUAUAUAUGUUGAAGCACAGACUUAGUAAAUAUAUUGAAAAAUAAGUUUGCGUCCUCUAUUAAUUAUGUGUAUAUGUUGAUCCCCAUAGACGUUGUAAUAUUUAUUGUAAACAUGAUCAUGUAAAUAUACUAUUCAGCCUGUAAAUAUACCGUUUAACUAAAUUACACGUUGUUUUGUAAUUGUAUAUACUGGUAGAAAAGUAACUGGAUGCCUAUCUUAUAUCCAUACCCUGAUGUUUUUAAGACUGUAUUUACAAUAAACUUGAUCCA